CCCAUUAAAACGUGUUAUUCAUUAUCUACGACUGAUCAUUCAUAAUAAAAAAAAAAUUCCAACCUUAGUGUAAUUUAUUAAUGAAUGGUAACAGUGCUAAAUUAUGAAAUAAUUAUGAUUAAAUCACACAAACUGAUCUACAGUAAGAUCCUCCUCAAGGAUCCCUGAUUUCUAAAGUUUGCAAUAAACGCAAUGAAUUAUUUAGAUUAGAACCUUUUUUCUUAUAGUAUAGACUAGAGUAGACAGACACAGUUUUCUAUAAACAAACAGAACCAACCCUUUAUUUUGAUCGUGGUGUCCGUUUGUUAGCUUUCUUAAUCUAUAAUUUGUUUAACUACUGCUAGUAGAUUAAAGUAGCUAAGUCUCUAACUCAAUAUCAUCCAAAAUCCUCAACAUUGAAAACACGAUUUAUUUGUCAAAUUAAAUCAACAUUCAUGUUGUGAUCUUACCGGAAAAAGAUGGGCUUUUGAUAUCCAAUAUUUAAGACAAAAUAAACAUUUUACCAUUGGUACACGAAUCGUGUACCAUAAUUUAUGCCCUUCAGCCCCAGUUGUAUCAAGAGACUCGAGGGACGAAGCUAGACACAUUGCACCAAAUCAAACGGCGUAUGUAGACAGGAAUAACCAGACGCUAGAAAUUUGCACUCGCUUGAGACUGUUGGCUUAGUUAGCCGAACAUAACUGAUUUGAAAUUGGAGUAAAAAUGGAAACCAUUGAAUGUAAAUCAGUUUAUAUACAUUCAUACUACAGUAUUAUAUGCGUUGCGACCCACUUUUGUCAAUUUCUAGGUCCCAAAUGUUAGCGAUUUAGCUCCUUUAAUGAAAUCUGGUCUAACUCUAAGCUACCUGUCCUAGCAUGUAUACUUUAGGUGCAUAAAACUAGCUGGUGAACAGUGUUCCGGUGAUAAUAUAAAUAUAUGACAUUGCCACUCUAAUGACAACAUGACUCUAUUGACAAAAACAAUAAUUACUCGGCUAAUAUGUGAAUUAAAUAAACAGAAGAUUUUACGAUCAGUAAAUGUGAUCAAUAGUAGAUAUAGUACUGACAUUCAAACUAGAAACAAUGUUGAUAUCUUUGUGCAAAAUCACCCCUGUUUAGCAAAACCAAGUGUCAAUAAGAAAAAAGCCUUUUAUAUCUUGGAAGAAGAUGUAGCAGAUUCAAUAGCUGAAGUUGUUAAAGAGAAUAUAGAUAGGAAUAAUGUUAUUGUUGAAGUAAAUCCAGGUCCAGGUAUUUUAACCCAGUCUUUGCUAAAGACUGUUACAGAUAAUUUGAUAGCAGUAGAAAGUAACCAAGAAUUUUUACCUUAUAUACAGGAAUUGCAAGAUAACGAAAGCGAUAAAAAAUUAAGUAUAAUAAAUUAUGAUGUGUUUGAUAUGUAUAAAAACAGAAAUGAUGAGAAACUUGAACAAGAGAAUGAAAUAGUUGAUUUGUUACCAAAAAUACCAUGGACAGAAGAUAUAUCAGCUAGUAUCAUAGGAAUAUUACAUCCUAGGUUAGAAUCCUGGUUCAUGACAUACAUAGCCCAGGAGUUUUGCCAAGGCAGUGGUUUAUUUAUGGCAGGACGAUUACAGUGGUUUCUGUUUGUCUCACCAAGAUUUUAUAGAAUGUUAAUCAGUAAGAAAAGUAAAAAGCUGGAUACUUUAUUUGAAUUACUUUUCGAUAUCAAGAUCUGCCAUCAGGUACCAAUUUCUAAUAUAUAUCCUAAAUAUUCCAAAAUGAAGAUAACUAAAAUGGCAGAAUCUGUUAAUGAAAAUGUGACAUAUUUAAUUAAGUUCACACCAAAACCAGAAUCAUUUGAUAUUCUUCAUCCACAUGAAAUAAAUAAAUUUAUUUUAUUUCUGAAACAACUUCUACUAAAAAGUUCAGAAAGAUUGAUUCCACGAAUGGAAGAAUUAGUACCAGGAUGUGGUAUGUAUCUGAUCAAAGAUGGCUUCUCUAUGAUGCAGUCAUUAAAAACAAUUACACCAAAACAAUGUCUACAGAUCUUUAAGUUAUUACCAUCUAUACCAUAUUUUGUUGUUUUUAUUUUUCAGUUAUUACCAUCUAUACCGGACAGUAUUAUCUGUAUGAUGAUUAUUUAG